AUGGUUCUGUUGCCCAAGUACAUUGGUGGCCCGGGAAUCAAGCUUUUACUCCUUCUAAACCUCACUUGUGCAGACAGCGGCAGACUUUGGGGUAAGCUAUGUAGCUUGAUUUUGACAUUUAUCCCUUUUCAAGAAAUUGAUUUGAAGCAGUGGGUCUCAUAUUCGUGGAGACUUCUUUGUCUAACUCAUCAGGUAGCUUUAAUGCUUUGGCAUGCUGCUUUGUCUUAUGAAUUUGAAAACUGA